AUGGGAUCUUUGCAUUCAGAACUUCCUGUUGUUGGAGUAAGUACAGCCUCAACAUGUGUGUAUGACAGGCAUCAGAAUCAAUCCCUGGCCAUGUGUAACCAUUGCAGUGAUUUGGAGCAAUUGCUAUUGAACAGACUGAAUGCUUCGCGGGAAAUAGCCCCAGUAACCCUCCCGAAUUGCCAGCUCAUUAAAGGGAUCGAAACUGGUUCAGAAGACAUUGACAUACUUCCCAAUGGACUGGCUUUUAUCAGCUCCGGCUUAAAAUAUCCAGGAUUAAAAAGCUUUGCACCAGACAAGCCAGGUGAAAUAUUUUUGAUGGAUUUGAAUGAAGACCAUCCCAGAGCAGUGGAACUGAGAAUCAGCCGAGGGUUUGAUCUGGCAUCAUUUAACCCUCAUGGAAUCAGCACCUAUGUAGACAGAGACGACACCGUGUACCUCUUUGUUGUGAACCAUCCUCAUCAGAAAAGCACAGUAGAAUUGUUUACCUUUGUAGAAGAUGACAAUUCUCUUGUACACCUGAAAACCAUUCAACACGACCUUCUGACAAGUGUCAAUGAUAUAGUAGCUAUGGGACCAGAUAGCUUCUACGCUACCAAUGACCACUACUUCUCCGACUUCACCUUGAUGUUCUUGGAGGCGUUCUUGGGUUUAACUUGGUCAAACGUUGUUUACUACAGUCCAAACGAAGUUAAAGAAGUAGCAGCUGGGUUUUAUUCAGCCAACGGAAUUAACGUUUCACCUGACAGAAAGUACGUCUAUGUUGCAGAUGUAUUUGAUCAUAAUGUCCAUGUUAUGGAAAAACACGCUAAUUGGAAUUUGACCCAUGUGAAGACGCUGCAGCUGGACACUCUGGUUGAUAACUUGUCUAUUGACCCUCACACCGGAGACAUCUGGACAGGAUGUCAUCCCAAUGGGAUGAAGCUGUUCUACAACGACCCGGAAAAUCUGCCUGCCUCUGAGGUCCUGCGCAUCCAGAAUAUCCUCUUGGAAGAGCCUGUGGUGACGCGUGUCUACGCCGACAACGGCUCCGUGCUGCAGGGAAGCUCGGUGGCGUCCGUCUACGAGGGGAAACUGCUCAUCGGCACUGUCUUCCACAGAGCGCUCUACUGUGAGCUAUAGCUCGUCUUGCGGGUAAGAUCUGCUCCAGCGGAGAGGAUUUAAUUCCUUGGGAACUCGCGCAGUUUCUGCCAGAUUUGCUAACAACAAGACUGUUCCGAUAAAGGUUAACUAGAGUCAUG